UGCGCAGGCGCCUGGGCUCCCUAUUGUUCUAGCUGGACAGCAGCGGAGGUACUAGAGCGAGCGUUCCACGCCGUACUGCGCAGGCGCUGCGAAGGGCUGUGUGCCACUAGAUCUUGCAUCUAAGACACACCCACUCCUAAGAGCACUGACGUCAGAUUAGAGCCCCCGGAACGUGCCAAGAAGACCCCAGAUCCCAGCUCUCUAGCCUCAUCGGCCUCCAUCCGUCCGACCCCAAGGGCGGGGCUUCUUUAGCGGGCGAGUCAGCAGCCACCAACCGCUCUGCGGUGCAUCUGCUGUUUUGCUCGCUAUGCCUACGCCACGAGGUGAUGUGACUGCCUUAUUUUUGGGGCCCCCGGGCUCAGGAAAGUCCGCAUUGAUCUCAGCGCUGUGCAACAAUGAUGUGGAGACAGUUGAGAUCCCCGAAGGACGGCCGGACUCCGGGCUUCCUAGCCUGCGAGCUGCGGGGCCAGGUCUCUUCUUGGGAGAGCUGAGUUGCCCACCAGCAGCGCCGGGGCCGUGGGCAGCCGAGGCCAACGUGCUGGUACUGGUGCUGCCAGACCCCGAGGGUAACGCAGAGCCCCUAGCCCCGGCGCUAGGGGAGGCAGCGCGGUCAGCCCUGGCUCGGGGGACCCCACUGUUAGCUGUGCGGAAUCUCCGUCCUGGGGAUUCACAGAAUGAAGCCCAGGCCCGGGACCAGACAACGGCCCUUCUGGAGAGCGCGGGGCUGGGAGCCGCGGCUCUAUUCGUGUUGCAGGCGGACUGUAGCAGCAGCAGUGCCGGCUGUGAGGAGCUGGAGCGCCUGCGGGCUGCGCUGCGGAGCCGGGCGGAGCCGCUGCAGAGACUCCUGCCACCAGCCCAGGAUGGCUUUGAGGUGCUGGGUGCUGCAGAGCUGGAGGCUGUUCGUGAGGCCUUUGAGACCGGUGGCCUGGAGGCAGCGCUGUCUUGGGUUCGUGCUGGCCUGGAGCGACUGGGCAGCGCACGGCUGGACCUGGCAGUGGCCGGCACAAGGGAUGUCUCUCUUGUGCUGAACCUGCUACUUGGGUUGGAUCCCGGUGACCCAGGAGCUGUGCCUAUUUCGUUACCUGCAGGACCCACACCCUACCCAGCACCAGAGCGCCCUAAUGUAGUGUUCUGGACUGUGCCUCUGGGCUCUGCCGACACUGCUGCAGUGUCCCACUCAACCCACUUUGACGCCCUCAUCCUCGUCACCCCGGGUCCCCCCACUGAGAAGGAUUGGGCCCAAGUCCGGACUCUAGUGCCUCCAGAUGCGCCACUGGUCUGUGUGCGUACAGAUGGUGAGGGUGAAGACCCAGAGUCUCUGGAUGAAGAGGAAAAGGCUGAGAAGUCUGGCCUUGAGAGCUUGGGGGGUGCCAGCAGAGAGGGCAUGGAAAGUGCUGGCAGUGAGAAAAGAGAGAAACAUGGCACUGGGUCACAGGAAGUAGGUAGUGGGGAAGAUUCAGAGAAAGCAGGCGCAGAGAGGUUGCCACAAGUUGGCAUCAGUGUGAAGAAAUCAAGCAGUGGGGACUCAGUGCAUACGGCUGCACUGAGCCCUGAGGAUGAGACUUGGGAGGUGCUGGAAGAGGCACUGCCCCCGGUGUUUCCUUUGCACCGGGGUGGACUCCCUGGCCUCUGCCAGUGGCUGCAGCGUCUGCUCCCCCCAGCACAAGCUGGGGCGCUUCUCUUGGCACUGCCGCCUGCUUCUCCCCAAGCUGCCCGAAAGAAGGCUGCAGCACUGCGUGCAGGGGCUUGGCGGCCAGCCCUGUUAGCUAGUCUGGCGGCGGCGGCCGCACCGGUCCCGGGCCUCGGCUGGGCAUGUGAUGUGGCCCUUCUUCGGGGUCAGCUGGCAGAGUGGCGGCGGGCACUGGGACUUGAGCCUGCAGCUUUAGCUCGACGGGAGCGUGCACUGGGUCUGGCUCCUGGGGAACUAGCAAAGCGCACGUGUUUCCCUGGCCCAGUGACACGCUCAGAAGUGGAGGCAAGGCUGGGGGCCUGGGCUGGAGAGGGCACUGCAGGGGGUGCAGCACUAGGGGCACUCUCCUUCCUGUGGCCUGCGGGUGGUGCAGCAGCCACUGGUGGCCUGGGUUACCGCGCUGCACAUGGUGUCCUGCUGCAGGCCCUCGACGAGAUGCUGGCUGACGCUGAGGCUGUGCUGGCGCCCCAUGUGCCUGCCCAGUGAGCACGGGGAUGAGGGCUGGGCCCACCGGGGUGCCCAGCAUCCUGGCUGCUUAGCUCUGCCAGGGCCUGAGGACUCAAAUACCCGGUUAGAGGGAGUGGGUUUGGGGGUCCAGACUCCAGUGUGGAAUGUUUGGGUCUCAGAUAAUAGAGCAGUAGGCCGCCACUCAAAAUCUUGUGUGCUGAAUUUGGUGAGGGCACAGACUGGGAUGGCUUUGUGAUGUCUAGUUACCUGGCUCCCAGAAUCUCCAGGACCAGGCUCCUGAUCUUCCUGGGGACCAGAAGGCAUAAUAUCCAUAUUCUAAAGGGAGUAGAGAGGCCGGAUGCCUAGAAGGGGGUAGAAUGGAGUUGUUGGGGAGGGGUGGAAGUCCUGCCUCAGGAUGGGGACUAGAGGACUGAGUGCUGCUAGGAGUUAGAGCCCUUGGACUUCUGAGUCACAGUGGAACAUAGGGGUUAGGUUUCCUGGGGGGCAUAGGCCUACACUGUGGCCUUCCAGUUUCUCAAGAGGCUGUGGGCUUUGAAUCUUCAGAGGGAAGAAGGUGACUGGGUUCUCAGACCUGGUUCCAAGAGGGCUGUGGUGCUUCAUUCAUAAUCACUGGGUGACGGAAGGUCUGCAUGUGGAGGGACUGGGGCUGGGGGGCGCUGAAGAUGUUAGUCUCUUGUGGAGGAGAGGACUGCCUAGCAUUUGUUCCCCAGGGGCCUGGUGAGGUAGAUUCCUCUCCCAACUGUUGUGGAGAGGAUGAUCCCACAAUAACAGUGGGCUCUGGGGGUAGCUAGAGACCAGAAAUCAGGCCUUCUGGUGUGGAAGAGCAGAAACUUCUACCUCAGAGGUAUCUUUCACAAAUCCCUAAGGAUUUUGGAUCCUGGCAACUGCCCUCUCUCUCUGUGAAUUUGACUAGGGAGGGAUGUGACCGUCCCCAUUUUACAGGUGCUGGGCAAUUCAGGAGCUCCCUGGGGAGUCUGUUCCUUUGUCCCUCUCCUUCGAGAGUAUCUAUCUUUUUUUGGUCUUGGUUUCUUCUGUCAUUAAACCUUAGUCUUCUCUGGCCUUGGAAUUUUGCUCACCUGCCUUUUUGGAAAAGUAGCUUUUCUGCUGCACUGACCCAAGCAUUUCUGUGUGGGCUCCCUCAGGUUUCCCAAGUGGCUCUGCCUUCUGGUGUGCAUAUAGAAUGCUACGGUGAGCCCCCAGGCCCACUAGACAGCUGGGUAGGUGUCCCAGACUCUGGGAAUGUGCAGAGUGAGGCAAAGGCAGAAACCACGGUGCCUAGAAUGUUCUAGACUGCCAUCUACAUGUAGAGAAGCCGUAGGCCACAUGAUUCUUCUUUGUCAAAAAUAGGAAGGAUGGAACCUGAGUCAUAUUUUGGGGGAGCAAAGCCCAAAGAGGGCAGGAUCUGGACCCAGCAGCACAGAGCAACGCCCUAUGUGAGUUGACCCCUGCCUAUUCUCCUCUGCCCCCAUUAAAGCCCCCAGUCAGCCUGAUAGAUCUUCCUUUGAUGCUUAACUGGACUGCUUUGGGUCCUGCCUCAGGACCUUUGCACUUGAUGCUUAGUUUUCUGCCUAGAAUACUCUGCCCCUAGAUUUUCGCAUGAUUGGCUUCUUGUCAGUCAGGUUUUGGCUCACAUACCUCUUAAAGAGACCUUCCUUGCCCAUUCUAACAUAAGCAGCUUGCAUACCCUCAGUAUCCAUCUGGGCAGAUUGAUUUUCCUUGUAGCAACUCUUGUUGUCAAAAGUUAUUUAUAUGUAUUUAUUUAUUAAUCUGUUUUAGCUGCUAUUAUCUCCUUGCCUGUCUUGUUCUCUGCUGUAUCCCCAGCACCUGGACAGUGCUGACACACAGUAGAUGCUUAGUAGAUAUUUAUUAUUUUAAUUUCUCAGUCAGUGGCAGAAUUCAGGCUGGAUUUUAGAUGGCCUUCCUCUUGCCACAACAGGGAAAAGGAUUGAGGUGGGGAGAAACCAGCAUUGAAUGGAAGAGAAAGCCCCUGUCUGAGGUCAGGGGGCCAGAGGAACAGACACCCUCUGUCAUUUGUCCCCAUGUGUGACUCAGACCAGUGCCUUAUUUUCCCACCCAUGGAAUGAAAGGACUGAAUGAGAACCAUAAAUAUUACUUCCUACCCCCCAACUCCUGUUUCCUUUGCUAACAGAAGACAAAGGUAACCCGACCUGAGGGAUAAAUCCUGAGAAGAUGGUUCCUCCAUCCAACUUGAACUGAUAACAUUUGUCCCAUCACAGUUGAAGACAGCCAAGAUGGGAAGAGCACUGAAUUGCAGGGCAAAGCUACAAAGACCAGAAUCAUAGUAGCACUAUGUCUGGCAGAAAUAGUAUGUCAGUCACUUGUCGUUUUAAUUUUUCUAGCAACCACAUUGAAAAAGCAAAAGGAAACGUGAAACUAAUGUGUCUUAACCAAGUGUAUUCAACAGAUCAUCUCAACCUAUGAUAAGUAUAAUAUAACUAUUCAUGAGCUAUUUUAUAUUCUCUUAUCCUAAGCCUUUGAAAUCUGGUGUGUGGCUUGGACUUAGCACAUCUCAAUCCAGACACUAAGUUUACGUCAGAAAGACUUCGAUUUAGAUCUCAUAAAAUUCAUGUUUGAAGAUGUAAAUUCAUCAUCCAGUUGUCCCAGUUAUAGUAAAUAGUCAUUUAGUAACUGAGACAAGUAUCCAUUUUUAUAUUAACUAGAAGUAUGUGAAAUUUUAAACUCGUUUUCCCAGUCGAGUGCACCACAUUUCAAGUGUAGUGAGUGGCUACAACAUUGCACAGCCCAGAUCUAGAACAUUUCCUUUACCACAAGAAAUUCUAUCAGCAUAGUCCUAGUGUCGGAUGUCCUACUGACUUUGGUGGAGACUUCAGGCAAGCCAUUUAUACAGCACCUCCCUCUUCGGGGUACUGAGUCUGAGCAUGUGUAUGUACCUAAUUCAUUCUGUGUCCCACACACACAUGGUCUGGGUAGCCAGAUGCAUUGGGGGCUCACAUGUUCAUCUAGUUUCCCUUGCCCAUACACCUCUACCUGGGUGCCCACACACAGUGUGGGAAGCACCAAGAUGACUCCAGUCUGGGUAUACUGUCUCACCCCCACGUCCUUGUUUGUAAAGUGACCUCUUUUUCUACUACUUAGACACUGUCUCUGACUUGGCCCUGUCUGACAACCUCUGCUCUGUCCCAAACUUCCUUUGCCUUCACCCAACAGGAGAAGCAAAUUUGUUUGUGUCUUGGUGCUGCUUGUGGUUAUAUAGUUGUAUGUGGCACCUGAGUGCCGUGACUGCUCUGGUGGGGUAGCUGCCUACUUUCUCAAUGAGAUUGAAUUCUAGGCUUUGUAGAGGUAUAAGGUUGCUAGUGAGGCAUCUUCUGGGAUCGUCCACGCAGAAAAGACAACCCCUUGUAGAUGGCUCACUGGCUGCUCUCGGUUAUCUGCAUGGCACCUCAGGCUAGAAGUCCCUCAGGCAAGAAUUGGAGGGAAUGUAUAUUUUGUCUUGGUAUUGCCAUCUCUGGAAGCAGAACAGGUACAAAACUUUAAGUGGAUGACACAACUGCAGCACCUUAGUUGAAUUCUGUACACUUCUGGAUAAUGAGGGAGAGACUUGUGUCCAUUGGAAAGGGCAACCAUGAAGAACAAAUCAAGGGUGUGGUGUGCCUGUGGUGCUUUUGGAGAAAUGAAUAAAAAUUAAU